AUGGAAGACGACGAUAGGAGUAACUCAAGCAAUCAAUUUAAUGAUGAUGGCGAUGAGAACCAAAUUGUUGAACUACUUCUGCGUACCAAUAUUUCCACCAAGAGAAAACAAUUGUUUUGGUAUGAUAUUCGAAACUUUCCUGAUUCGUUGCUUAUAGAAAUUCUCGCUAGACUACCAGUGAAAUUGAUUUUUAGUUUUAAAAGUGUGUGUAAGCAUUGGCAAAACCUAAUUUCUCACCCUUCCUUUUGCCGAUUCUAUCAUUCGAUUCUCAAUUCCAAUGCAGCAUCGUCCUUGCUGCCUUUCAGAAUCUUGUAUACGUUCCUUUACGUACGGAGCUUCAAGGAGUUUGUUAAUCGUUUUGGUACUGAAAUCCACAGUAUGUCCGAAUUCUCUCUUCUUUUUCUUUCUACCUAUAAAAACAAAUAUGAUCGAUUCAGGGUUUUAGCUAUGAGUAAUGGUUUGAUUCUGUGUUGUUGGCGUUCUGGAUCACGGUUUGUUUACUACAUCUGUGAUCCACUCACUCGACAAUGGAUCACUUUACCUAGAUGUGAACCCAAAUAUUCCUUCAAGGAAGGUCUUAUUACUACGGUUAAUGAGGAUCAUAUGCUUACAGGUUAUACAGUUGUUAGGUUGGAACAUGGUACAUCAAAUUAUCUCAAUCUAGAGAUAUUAACAUCCGAAACUGGCAAAUGGAUCAGCUACAAGCUACCUUCCUCUAUUCCCUUCGUGCAUGAAGAGGCCGAUCCAAAAGUUGUUCGCCUAAUUUCACUCCCAGAUGAAAGAGAUCUCAGGAGAGAGUAUGAAUUAUGUGGUGAGAGCCAAGGGACCCUUUGCUAUUUCGAGGUGACUGAUGAUUCCAUUUUCACCGAUUACUAUUCCUUCACCAUGUGGGUUAUGAAGGAUUAUGAGAAAGGAGAAUGGUGUUGUGAGGUUAAAGUGAGACGUAGCAAUCUUCAUUGUAAUAAUCUGGAAUUGAGUAAUUGGCUGUUUGAGUGCGGAUGGUUUUGUCCUAUAUCGUUUCAUCCGUUGAAUCCAAAUGUUGUGUAUUUGCAAUGCAUGAAGCCUGAGCGUAUUGUGUCGUAUAAUAUUCUGAACGGAAGGCUGGAUGUUGCUUCUAAUCCAAUUGACUUUGGUGAAUUGAUCAUAUCCUCUUCUAAUUGA